AUGAUACGAUGCGAUUUCACUUCUAAGCUCUUCUUCUUACUCGAUUCCUGCAAAUCAAUCCAUCAAAUCAAACAAGUCCAUGCCCAAUUGAUCACCACCGGCCUUAUUGUACACCCAAUCCCCACUAACAAACUCCUCAAACUUAUUUCCUCCUCAAGAUUCGCUCCAAUUUCUUAUGCCCACAUGGUGUUCGACCAUUGUCCCCAACCAGAUCUCUUCCUCUACAACACCAUUAUCAAGGCCCUUGCAUUAUCAACCACUUCCUCUGCAGAUUCCUUCACGAGGUUUCGUUCUUUAAUCCGCGAAGAAAGGUUAGUGCCCAAUCAAUAUUCGUUUGCAUUCGUCUUCAAGGGAUGUGGCAAUGGUGUUGGGGUUCUGGAAGGGGAACAAGUUCGUGUUCAUGCUGUUAAACUUGGGCUGGAAAACAAUCUGUUUGUGAUGAAUGCGUUGAUUGGGAUGUAUGUGAAUUUGGGUUUUGUUGUAGAUGCUAGAAAGGUGUUUGAUUGGAGCCCCAAUAGAGAUAUGUACUCGUGGAAUAUCAUGCUUAGUGGGUAUGCGAGAUUGGGGAAAAUGGAUGAAGCUCGGCAACUGUUUGAUGAAAUGCCUGAAAGAGAUGUUGUGUCGUGGACAACAAUGAUUUCUGGUUGUCUCCAGGUUGGUCAUUUCAUGGAAGCUUUGGAUAUCUUCCACAACAUGCUGGAAAACGGGGCGAGCCCAAACGAGUACACGUUAGCCAGUGCCCUUGCUGCCUGUGCUAAUCUUGUGGCAUUGGAUCAAGGAAGAUGGAUGCACGUAUAUAUUAAAAAGAACGAUAUUCAGAUGAACGAGCGGUUGCUAGCUGGACUUAUUGAUAUGUAUGCAAAAUGUGGGGAGUUAGAAUUUGCAUCAAAGCUUUUCAAGAGCGAACGACAAUUGAAGCGAAAGGUUUGGCCUUGGAAUGCCAUGGUUGGUGGGUUUGCAAUGCAUGGAAAAUCUAAGGAAGCAAUUGAGGUUUUUGAACAAAUGAAGAGAGAAAGAGUUUCUCCGAACAAAGUUACAUUUGUUGCUUUGUUAAAUGCUUGUAGCCAUGGAAAUAGAGUUGAGGAAGGAAAAUGCUAUUUUGAAUCAAUGGCGAGUCAUUAUGGACUUGAACCUGAGUUAGAGCAUUAUGGAUGUUUGGUCGAUCUACUGGGACGUGCCGGGCGCUUGAAGGAAGCUGAAGAGAUCAUAUCAAAUAUGCCUUUGACACCAGAUGUUGUGAUAUGGGGUGCAUUGCUUAGUGGUUGCAAGAUUCACAAGGAUGUUGAAAUGGGAGAGAGAAUUGGGAAAAUUGUUAAAGAGUUGGAUCCUAACCAUCUGGGCUGCCAUGUUCUAUUAGCAAAUAUAUAUUCUUUGACUGGGAAUUGGAAUGAAGCAAGAACAUUGAGGGAGAAGAUUGCAGUAAGUGGGAAAAAGAAAACUCCAGGUUGUAGCUCCGUCGAGUUGAAUGGGACAUUCCAUCAAUUUCUCAUCGGUGAUCGGUCUCAUCCUCAAACAAAACAACUCUAUUUGUUCUUAGAUGAGAUGGCUGCCAAGUUGAAGAUUUCUGGUUACAUUCCUGAAUCUGGAGAAGUUCUGCUCGACAUCGACGACAAUGAGGACAGAGAAACAGCUCUGUUAAAGCACAGUGAGAAGUUAGCCAUUGCUUUUGGGUUGAUGAAUACAGCACCUGGAACUCCGAUCCGCAUUGUGAAGAACUUGAGAGUAUGUGGCGACUGUCAUCUAGCGAUAAAGUUCAUUUCGAAGGUUUACGACAGGGAGAUUGUCGUUAGGGACCGAAUUAGAUAUCACCAUUUUAAGGAUGGAACUUGUUCGUGUAACGAUUAUUGGUAGUGUUUUUUGUGUACAUGAAAAAAUUGUUUCAUUUUCAAUUGAAGCUGAUUUGCAUCUGCUAGUCUUGUACAUUAA